GAGUCAUUGACUACGGUAGCAGCCAUCUGUAUGCAGAUGGCAUUCGGAGACCUGUACCAACAGGCCCUCAGCGUCACAGGUAUUAUGCCUUUCCUGCCAGGUACAGGGCGAGCCAGCACACAUCAAAACAGACAAUAGCAUCUCCUCAGAGGACGUUAGCAGCAGCGAUGUGAAAAUGCCGAAACUUUUGUUUUCCAAGAUUGGAGUUUAUGAUAUUAAGGAUCUAAUGCCAAAUGUGAAGCGGGCGAGACGGAUUGAUAUUGUGCUGAAUCGAAAGAGACGCAAGAAUGACAUCCAGGUGCUCGCAGGACAAAAAAUAAACAAUGACAUGUAUCCUUCAAAGCAAAGACAGGCUGAUGGUAAAUCCCAAAAUCUGGCAAAAUUGCUCAAGGAUAAAAAGUAUUUGGCAGCAUUUCGCUCGUUCCUACAGUCUGAGUUCAGUGAUGAAAACAUUGAGUUCUGGCUGGCUUGCGAGGACUUCAGGUCUACCACAUCACCAGACGAACUUUGCUGGAAAGCAGAGAAGAUCUACCAGGAGUUCAUACAGCCGGCAGCCUGCAGAGAGAUCAAUGUCGACCACCAAGUGAGAGAGAAGAUCAAGAAGUCACUGAAGAAACCGACGUCGUCCUGCUUUGACGAGGCUCAGAAGCAAGUUUACCUGCUGAUGGAAAGAGACUCUUGCCCCAGAUUCCUGAGCUCAAACGCGUACCUGAGCCUGAAGCGCAAAUCCAGGACCAUGUGGUACAUUUAGUCUGCAGCGAGAGACCGCCUGCUCCUAUUUUCUGUUGCAGAGUUAUUUCACAUUCUUUAUGAGAGGAGGCUUUCUCAGAGCAGAGCGCCUCGUACUUUCUCCUAUAAGCUUCAACAAUGUUUUCAACUAAUUUCAGGAUCGACCUUUUGUUUUCAGUCUUUUCGAUGGUGGGAUGGUGUAUUGAUGAAAUGCCACGGAGAAUAAAGCAGCAGGCAAAGAGCGUGAGAGAAAAAGUGAUGUGAGUGGGUUUGUAAAUACACGGAGGAGAGAAAUUGCAUGUGUCAGUAAUUUUAACGGCUGUGGCAAGUUUGAGGGUUGUUUGAGAUGCUGAAUGUGUUAUCUGAAAGUCUCAGUAAGUUAGGGUGUGGCGUGCAGAGCGAUAAAUGGUACGUAAAUGGCUUCUAAUGGAAUGACCCAGUUUCAUGUAUGGGCACUGAAUUAAAACUUCGUGACCAACUUUGGCCAAAA